AUGUUGCUACAACUAUCUCAGUUAUUGCCAUUGGCUUUGUUACUGCUUGGCGCAUCUGAUGUUGUGGAAGGGAAGAAGUUUACCUCUAAGAUUUACAAGAGGGAUAUCAACAAUGAGCAACUCAAGGAUUUCACUUUCAAGGAGCAGAUCCAACAGUUGGGGAUGAAAUAUUUGCGUAACUUUGAAAAGUUCAACCCAGAGGUUCAAUUCCAAGCAAACCAUCCUUUUGGACAAAAUGUAUUCUCUACUAAUCCGUUGAAUGAAGGGGGUUCUCACAAUGUGCCAUUAUCAAACUAUUUGAACGCUCAGUACUACACUGACAUUUCUCUUGGUACUCCAAAACAGAAUUUUAAAGUCAUUCUGGACACAGGUUCUUCCAAUUUGUGGGUCCCAUCAAAGGACUGUACUUCUUUGGCUUGUUACUUGCAUUCCAAGUAUGAUCAUGACGAAUCGACUACUUAUGAAAAGAAUGGCACUAAAUUCACUAUUCAGUACGGUUCUGGCUCUAUGGACGGCUACAUUUCAAGAGAUACUUUGAUCAUUGGUGAUGAUCUAGUCAUUCCAGAACAAGAUUUUGCUGAAGCCACUAGUGAACCAGGCUUGGCUUUUGCAUUUGGUAAAUUCGACGGUAUUUUAGGUCUAGCUUACGACACCAUUGCUGUCAAUAAAGUUGUUCCACCGUUUUACAACGCAAUUAAGCAAGGCAUUUUAGAUGAAAAUAAGUUUGCCUUCUAUUUAGGAGAUACAAACAAAGACAACAAGAGCGGUGGUGAAGCUACUUUUGGUGGUUACGACAAAUCAAAAUUUACAGGUGAUAUCACCUGGUUACCAGUCAGACGUAAGGCCUACUGGGAAGUCAAAUUCGAUUCUAUUGCUUUAGGUGAUGAAGUUGCCUCUCUAGAUGGCUACGGUGCUGCGAUCGACACUGGUACUUCUUUAAUCACUUUACCAUCUGGUUUAGCCGAAGUCAUCAACACUCAAAUUGGUGCUAAGAAGUCAUGGUCUGGUCAAUACACUAUUGACUGUGAUACAAGAGACGCUCUACCAGACAUGACCUUCAACUUCAACGGUUAUAACUUCACCGUUUCUCCAUACGACUACACUCUAGAGAUGUCCGGCUCCUGUAUUUCCGCUAUCACCCCAAUGGACUUCCCAGAACCAGUCGGCCCACUAGCUAUCAUUGGUGACGCUUUCUUAAGAAAGUACUACUCCAUCUACGAUCUAGAUAACAACGCCGUCGGUCUAGCCAAGUCUAUUUAA